GUGUGAGUGAGGUAAACAAGAGGGAUGGAGUGAAGGUGUGAGGGAGGUUGGUCAGGGGAAGCUUCAAUGAACUACCAAGCCCAGGAGAUACUGAUGGAAGAGCCAAACAAUGUACAUGCAAUGAAUGACAUCAUAUUGACUCAAGUGAAGAGUGAAAAUGUACUGCACACUGAGUGAUGAGUAGUGAUGUUGUAGUGGGUAACAUUGCAGCUUGAAAUAAGUGAAAUGUGAAGGCGCAGUGACUAAUGCCAACAUGAUUAUGAUGAGCAGUAAAAGAGAUAUAAUCUAGUGUGACCAACCUUGUUGAGUGUCUGCAAUUUUAAUGGCAUAUGAAUGAUAUAUUGCAUGUGUCAUGUGUCUGAUCUGACAGUCAAAAUGUCUCUCCAGAUAAACACAAAGAGGUGCCUGGAAUCAAUCUGCCUUAUUGCCUACAGGUUUAAAGCUAGUAAUAUAUUUUUGUUACAAAGAAUUAAAUUCCCUCAUGGAUAUUGGAAACUCCAAGAUGCUGUCUGAUAAGACAGGCGAAGGUUUUAACAAGUUGAGAUUGUUAGAAAUGGAUUGUCAGGUACACGGCUGCAAUAAAUUGUUUAAGUGCUUCCAGUGCGGGAAAGCCUUUUCUAAAAAGAGUAGUAUUGUGUGUCACAUGAGGCUUCAUACUGGAGAGAAACCAUUUACAUGUACACAGUGCAGUUGUACAUUCGCACACAAGAGUACUCUCUUAAAUCAUUCAAGGCUACACACUGGUGAAAAACCUUAUGAAUGUGAGAUCUGUCUCAAGAGAUUUCGUCAGAGAUCCAAUUAUUAUCUGCAUAAGAAAAUUCACACCAAGGAAAAAUCAUUUGAGUGCGACAUAUGUAGUAAGAAGUUUGCACAGCGUGUUCACCUUACCACACACAAAAGACUUCACACAGGAGAAAAACCCUACAUCUGUAAAGAGUGUAAUAAAGGAUUCUCACAAAGGUGCCAUUUGAAUAGACACCAAACUGUUCAUGUCAGUGACAAAUUUUACAGCUGUGAAAUAUUUGAUAAGAAAUUUGCUUCUAGUGACCAUCUGAGAUCUCACAUAAGAAGUCAUACUGGUACACAAAAAAAGAAGUCAAAGCACAGUAGAAGUUUUGCAGAGAAAAACACUUUUAAUAGUUUCUUGAAAGAAGAUGGGCUCAAUUUGGCUUCAUCAAGCAAUUAUCCAGAUAAAUCAAAGAAGAAGCAGAACCUUGAGUGUGAGUUCUGCCAUAAAAAAUGUAUAAAAAAGUCUCAUUUGAGGCAUCAUAUCUUCAUUCACACAGGAGAGAAACCCUACAAAUGUACAACUUGUAAAAAGAAGUUUUCAGAGAGAGGCAGCCUCAACCGCCAUAUGAAGCUUCACUCUGGCACUUGUCCUAACACAAUCCUGCUCACAGGAUGUAACAUCUUCAGUAGCAGUGUUUUAGACAGCAAAUGUGGGACCAACUUUCCCAUGGACUCUGCCUUUCUCAUGAACCACAGGGCAAAUACAACUGAAUUAAUGCUACAAAGAACUGGAAAUACACUGGAAAAUGAUGAUAAAUCAGAUUUGGUAUGUUCAGAAGAGACAAGAAGCUACUUAACCUCUUUAGCAAGUUCAGCUAGAUUGGAUAACGUAGGUGUGAAUGAUUUAUCAGAAAGAACUGUUCCUUUGGUUAAAAAGAGAAGAAAAAUACAUUCAUCUGUACUGGUUGAUGAAAACUAUUCAGAUGUUAACAAAACAGCAGAAGUGGAGCCACACUUGCCUGGGGAACCAGUGAGUGUUAGUGAUGCCAGAUCAGGACAUCUGCAAAUAUUGACAAAGAAAGAAGAAUUAGGAGAACAUGUAGUAUCUGGCAAUAUAUCGUAUAUUGAGCAUUUGAAAGUUACUUCCAAAACUGAAGAAUAUCAUUUUGCAGAGAAAGCCAAAGCAAAAAUAUAUGUCAGUAAGGAAGCAGGAGCCAUAACUUGUGAGUUUAUGGUGACUAAACAGUGUCCUUAUAUGAGUAAAUAUCCAUCCAAAUGUAAAUAUCUUGUAAAUAGUAAUGAAUGUGAGAACCAGUUAGAGGAACAUACUAGAUGUUCAUACUUUUGUAACAAUGUAGGUUCAAGAGUUUCUUUAUUUUCAGGGAUACCUGUAUUUCCAGGUAAACUUCUAGCCCCAACAGAACCUGUACUUUCAGUAGCAUGUAGAUUCCUACCCUCAGAGGUGCCCGAGGCUUUAAAUGAAUAUUUACCCCUGGUGGACACAAUUGAAACAGGUGAAUUUUGGCUACUAACAGACCAAAUUGAUUCAAAAGAAUUUUUUAUUUCAGAGCCUGAGCCUGGCUGUUCCCAACAGGUCACAGUUGAAGAGCAUACAGGUGACAGACCAGUGGAAGGUAUCAGUAAGGUUACACCUAGCAGACAGGCUGGAAAAAAUGGGCAGGAAGUUACACUGCCUUACCAAUCUUCCUCAAGAAAACUGUGUGGUUGGUCACCAUCCUCGAGUAUGUUAGAUGUGAGCUUUUUCCUCCUCGACCAGCAGGUGAAGGAAGAAGGAGCUAGAUGUGAAAUAGGCAUCAAGGAGGAGGUGGAUGUGGGGGAUGAGAUUUUUGAUAGUCUCUGAUCCACAUCUCUAAUGCCAACCUAGUCAACACAUAUUUAGUUCAAGCCUACUCCAAACACCUCUAACCCAAGCCUCCUCCACAUGCCUCUCACUCAAGCCUACUCAACACCACUGACUCCACCAUGCUUCACAUCCCACUAACCCAAACCUGCUUCACACACCUCUAAUUCAGGAUCCACACACCUCUAACACAUCUCAAAAAAUCUUAAGACAUGAAAUACAUUCAGCAAUUGCCAAAGCACAUUUGACAUCUCAGGCAGGUACCUGAUGCACACCAACAUCUUGGACAACACUGUGGUGAACCUGAGUUAAAGCAGCUUAAGUACCUGCCUUAAAUUUAAAGAUGUAAGUCAGAGUUGCUGUUGAAUUUGUAUUUUUCAUGAUGGUGAGAUUUCAUCAUCUUCCCACUCUACUUGGAGAGAGGUACUCUUAUCUCAAGCUUAAUAUUUGAGUGUAAUGGACUGUGUCCAUCAGAGUAUACACUAGAUAAAUGGUUCAGAGAACAGACAGGAUGAUGAGUUAGACACUUGUGUGUUGCACAAGUGUAAUUUUUACAGGCAUUAUUUAUUUCACUUUGGGAUGUCUCUGAAGAGGCUGUAUCAGUAUAAUGCCUACAUGCUGUAAAGACCAUAUCUCUGAGGAGCCUGGGAUCACUAUUAUACAUACAGCCUAGGAGGAGGCUGGGAUCUGGGGCUCACCAUUCUUCCAAUAAUGCUUCUUCAUACACAGUUGACAGUUGGAGAUUUGUAAUACUUAGUACCAAACAUACAACACAUUCCUCAUAUAACAUGCACAGGUGUGGCCUAUUGUACAAACCUGUGUUGGCACCCUACAGUUGAAUCCUGGAAUUCACAUGCUUCAUAAUCAUAGUAAUUCAAUUAUCACCAUUUUUUUUCUGAAAUUUAGAGGAUGUUUCAUUUCAUCCCGGUCCACUGUUAAGUGAUGUGGGACUUGAUAAUUUGUCCAGGAUGAUCUUGAACAUUGUUCAGCUUUCAGUUAGUGGGUUAGCUUUGAAAUUGUUCCAGACAUGGUAUUGUGAUUUUUAUUCCUUUAUAAUACAAUGCUUGACAUUUUGACUCAAUUAUAUUUUUGAUAGUUUGACAACAUUCUGGAGUGUUACGGAUAGGGUGGGUGUGUCUCAGUGUAGGGUAGUGGAUGUAUAGGUGUAUUGCAAAUGGGUAUAGAUAUAAAUACCCAUUAUACAGACGAGGUUUUAUUUGGAUUAAGUUUUGCUUGGGUAAAGCUUUAUCAAGUUGCGAACAAGUUUGGUAUAUAUGUUGAUGAUGAUAAUAAUAAUAAUAGAAGAAGAACAAGAAUAAAAAAGCAGAAGCAAAAUAAUAAAAAUAAUAGGAUAAAGCUCAACCCCAAUUGAAAUAUAGUCACAGUAAAAGCUUGUUGUGCAUGUUGUGUCAUUAUACCCAUAUCGUAUAGGCUAGCUCAUGGUGGCUGCACUGGCUAGCUCAUGGUGGCUGCACUGGCUAGCUCAUGGUGGCUGCACUGGCUAGCUCAUGGUGGCUGCACUGGCUAGCUCAUGGUGGCUGCACUGGCCCAGGUAACCGUGGGGUGGGCAGAGACAGUGGGCAGAUACCUGGGUGUUAGCUGGUGUGCAGAGACAGUGGGUAGAUACCUGGGUGUUAGCUGGUGGGUGGAGACUGGGUAGAUACCUGGGCGUUAGCUGGUGGGUGGAGACAGUGGGUAGAUACCUGGGUGUUAGCUGGUGGGUGGAGACAGUGGGUAGAUACCUGGGUGUUAGCUGGUGGGUGGAGACAGUGGGUAGAUACCUGGGUGUUAGCAGGUGGGUGGAGACAGUGGGGAGAUACCUGGGUGUUAGCAUGUGGGUGGAGACAGUAGGUAGAUACCUGGGUGUUAGCUGGUGGGUGGAGACAAUGGGUAGAUACCUGGGUGUUAGUGGGUGGGUGGAGACACUGGGUAGAUACCUGGGUGUUAGUGGGUGGGUGGAGACAGUGAGAUAGAUACUUGAGUGUUAGCAGGUGGGUGGAGACAGUGAGUAGAUACCUGGGUGUUAGCUGGUGGGUGGAGACAGUGGGUAGAUACCUGGGUGUUAGCUGGCAGGUGGAGAAAGUGGGUAGAUACUUGGGUGUUAGCUGGAUGGUGGAGACACUGGGUAGAUACCUGGGUGUUAGUGCUCUACCAGCUGGUAUACCUGGGUGCACUACCAGCUGGUAUACCUGGGUGCACUACCAGCUGGUAUACCUGGGUGCACUACCAGCUGGUAUACCUGGGUGCACUACCAGCUGGUAUACCUGGGUGCUCUACCAGCUGGUAUACCUGGGUGCUCUACCAGCUGGUAUACCUGGGUGCACUACCAGCUGGUAUACCUGGGUGCUCUACCAACUGGUAUACCUGGGUGCUCUACCAGCUGGUAUACCUGGGUGCACUACCAGCUGGUAUACCUGGGUGCUCUACCAACUGGUAUACCUGGGUGCUCUACCAGCUGGUAUACCUGGGUGCACUACCAGCUGGUAUACCUGGGUGCACUACCAGCUGGUAUACCUGGGUGCACUACCAGCUGGUAUACCUGGGUGCACUACCAGCUGGUAUACCUGGGUGCUCUACCAGCUGGUAUACCUGGGUGCUCUACCAGCUGGUAUACCUGGGUGCACUACCAGCUGGUAUACCUGGGUGCACUACCAGCUGGUAUACCUGGGUGCACUACCAGCUGGUAUACCUAGGUGCUCCACCAACUGGUAUACCUGGGUGCUCUACCAGCUGGUAUACCUGGGUGCUCUACCAGCUGGUAUACCUGGGUGCACUACCAGCUGGUAUACCUGGGUGCACUACCAGCUGGUAUACCUGGGUGCUCUACCAGCUGGUAUACCUAGGUGCUCUACCAGCUGGUAUACCUGGGUGCUCUACCAGCUGGUAUACCUGGGUGCACUACCAGCUGGUAUACCUAGGUGCUCUACCAGCUGGUAUACCUGGGUGCUCUACCAGCUGGUAUACCUAGGUGCUCUACCAGCUGGUAUACCUAGGUGCUCUACCAGCUGGUAUACCUAGGUGCUCUACCAGCUGGUAUACCUGGGUGCUCUACCAGCUGGUAUACCUGGGUGCUCUACCAGCUGGUAUACCUAGGUGCUCUACCAGCUGGUAUACCUGAGUGCUCUACCAGCUGGUAUACCUGGGUGCACUACCAGCUGGUAUACCUAGGUGCUCCACCAACUGGUAUACCUAGGUGCUCCACCAACUGGUAUACCUGGGUGCACUACCAGCUGGUAUAGUGUAUGAAAUUUAUCAUCCUAGUUUUAAUACACUAUACAGUACAGUAUUAUCAUUUUUAUAACAUUGUACAAACCUUUCAUGAGGCAUGUUAACAUAGUCAUGAAAAACUAAUACUGUACAUAUUUUGACAUAUCAUAACCUUUGUUAUCCCCAUGAUAAGUGAAGGACACUGUACAUAUACGUACUUGGUUCAAAUAUUUGUAGCGCUGUACAUUUUCUGAGUGGCUGCAACAUAAGUAAAAAUAUAAAUAAUGUGUGUAUGUAUAUAAUUAUAUAUUUAUAUUAAUGCUGGCUGUCUCCUACUGAGGCAGGGUGACCUGGAAAAGAAACACUUUUGCCAUCAUUCACUCCAUCACUUUUUUCCAGAGGUGCACAGACACUGCAGUUCAGAUGCCCCUUCGAACUAGAGAAUAUUCCCAUCUCCUUCAGAGUGCAGGCAUUGUACUUUCAACCUCUAGGACUCCCAGUCUGCCUAACCAAUUUUUCAGUCUUGUCAUAAAAUGUUACUUUGCUCACACUCCAACUGCUCAUCAAGUCUCAAAACUAUUUGCUUCUGCUCACUCCUAUCUAACAUGCUCGCCUGUGCCUCAUGCAUGUCCAUACAUACAUACAUGCACAGAAACCAGUAGUGGGAGAAUGAUUUUGCUCUAGGUCUUUUGCAUUGCAUAAUACUUCUAUAGGAGGAUUGCAAUGAAGGGAAUGUAAUUCAAGAGACCCCAAACAGGUGUGUUAUACACACAUAUAUGUAGAUUGUGAAGUACGUACCUGUAUACAUAAAUACGUAGUAUAUGCAAAAGUUAAAUUACGUUUACAGCAGCAGUUUCUGCUUGAUGUCAACACAGAAGAUCUCACAUUAGUUUACUGAAGUUUUCCUACAUUUUUUGUACAUUAUAUAACAUGGAUGUGUGCAACUUAACUGUAAUUUACAUUGUAGUACACUUCUAUACUCCUUUAGCACCUGACAGACUUAUUUAUAUAUGUACUUGACAUUCCAUGAGCUGAACAUACUUUGUAUUCUACCAUCUUUAUACACAACUGGAGUGUGGAUUCAUUUAACACAAAGAGCAAUGUAAUGAGAGCAACAAAAAAAAUAGCUUAUGAAAGAUUUGAUAACGGAUUAGGAGGGAGUAUAGAAGAAGUGAAUGUGUUCAGGCAUUUGGGAGUCAACUUUUCAGAGAAAGGGUAUGUGAAAUAUGAAGUGAACAGGGAAUAUACCAGAGUAUAGUGGUACCAACAUACUUAUAUGGGUGUGAAGCAUGGGUUUUAAACGUUGCAGCAAGGAGGCUGCAAGCAAUGGAGAUGUUGUCUGAGGACAAUGUGUGGAGUGAAUAUUAUGCAGAAAAUUUGCAGCUUGGAGGAGGUAAAGGGUUAGUCAAAGUAUUAUCCAGAUGGUCAAGGAGGGGUUAUUGAGAUGGUUUGGGCAUUUAGAGAGGAUGGAGCAAAACAGGAUGACUUGGAGGGAAUAUAAAUCUGUAGUGGAGGGAAGGGGGGUAAAGGUCAUCCUAGGAAAGGUUGGAGGGAGGGAGUAAAGGUGGUUUUGUAUGCAAGGGGCUUGGACAUCUUAUAGGCAUGUGCAAGCAUGUUGGAUAGGCAUGAGUGGAGGCAAGUGGUUUUAAUGACCUUACAUGCUGUUGGAGUGCGAGGAAGGGAUUUGGGGAAACCAAUUAAAUGGACUUGAAUCCUGGAGGUGGGAAGUACAUGCCUGCACUCUGAAGGAGGGGCUGGGACACUGAGUUGUAAUGUCGGCACAUCUCUGGAAUGGCAGUAAUACAAUGAACGAUGGUGAAAGUGUUUCCUCCUUUUUUUGGGCCGCUGGAAAAAGAAAAAGAGUAUCACAUAGUUUGUCUUUCAGCAAAAAUGUAUGUGGCAUCAUGCCAUUAUGAGGCUGACUUUCUGAGCUGUGACACAUGCAAUAAUGCAUCUCAUUUGUAUAUUUUAUACCUGCUAGAAAACCUAUUUGUGUUCCAACUGACCCAUAAUAAUGCAAAAUGUUAGAUUAAUACUCUGAGUGUGGGAAUGUCAUCUAGUCUCUGGGCUAAAAGUUCUCUUUCCAUUAACCAUAUCUUUCCAUUGACCAUCUGUGUGCUUGUGGCAGGAAGCAUCCCUGGCAGAUGCUGAGGAUGCAAAGAAUAUACAGGAGGACCCUGCUUAUACAGGAGGUUAGGUUCCAAUCUACCACUGUAAGGCAGAAAAUCGCUGUAAAUUGAAUCAGACUUUUUUUUAACUUUUAAAUACUUAUUUACACUAUCAUAUAUUGAGCAGUAGAGCUAGGCCUAAAAAUUGCAUAUACAGUACACACAUUACUUAAAAUAUUUUCAUCCUUAGCUUAUAGUGAGUGGUGAAUAUAUUCAUUAUAGGAAAUCUGAAUAAAUGAAGAAUGGGUAAAAUUGAAAACCGCUACAUUUAAAAAAGUGCUGUAAAACGAGGCGCUCCUGUGUAUAGUUCGUAAAAUGUUUGAUUACAUCUCAUAAAGUAUGUCUUAUGAAUGGUACUUCAUCUUCAUGAAGGUUUCACUGUAAUGCAUUCAAGGACAAACUAAGAUAUUUCACAUAAUCACUUAAGUUUUAAUUUAAGUGAAAUUCCUGAAAUGCCCCGGCAUGAUAGUGGCUUUCUUUGUACGUACUUAACAAAUCAAAAUUGUAAUUACACAUUGUAACCUUUGCAAAGAAAUAAAAUCUUUAUUCUUUAAUGAAUAUGGUAAUGGAGGUAAAGUCAUUAGUCGCAUGAAAAUCACAAGUGUUGUGCAUUUUCAAAAUUUAGAUGGCAUGGUUGAGGAAACAAGUUUGUUAAUUUUUAUGUCAUGUGCAUGAGACAGGAAACUUAUAAAAAUGUGUUUGUUUCCACAUGUUGAGUUUAGAGAGUUGUGUACUUACAUCAUACAAGGUUGAGUGUAGGUACUGUUAGUUGGUUUAGAAAGACACGUAAGCAAACACUAUGGCAUAUUUAUUAGAAAACGUUUUAGUCCUGGGACCUUGAUCACUUUUGAGAAGUGAUCAAGGUCCCAGGACCGAAACGUUUUCUAAUAAAUAUGUCAUAGUGUUUGCUUACGUGUCUUUCUAAACCAACUUGUCGGUAUUUAUUACCAAGGUUUAUACCAGGUACUAUUAGUGUACUUACAUCAUACAAGGUUGAGUGUAGGUACUGUUAGUGUACUUACAUCAUACAAGGUUGAGUGUAGGUACUGUUAGUGUACUUACAUCAUACAAGGUUGAGUGUAGGUACUGUUAGUGUACUUACAUCAUACAAGGUUGAGUGUAGGUACUGUUAGUGUACUUACAUCAUACAAGGUUGAGUGUAAGUACUGUUAGUGUACUUACAUCAUACAAGGUUGAGUGUAAGUACCGUUAGUGUACUUACAUCAUACGAGGUUGAGUGUAGGUACUGUUAGUGUACUUACAUCAUACGAGGUUGAGUGUAGGUACUGUUACUUACAUCAUACAAGGUUGAGUGUAGGUACUGUUACUUACAUCAUACAAGGUUGAGUGUAGGUACUGUUACUUACAUCAUACAAGGUUGAGUGUAGGUACUGUUACUUACAUCAUACAAGGUUGAGUGUAGGUACUGUUACUUACAUCAUACAAGGUUGAGUGUAGGUACUGUUACUUACAUCAUACAAGGUUGAGUGUAAGUACUGUUACUUACAUCAUACAAGGUUGAGUGUAAGUACUGUUAGUGUACAUACAUCAUACGAGGUUGAGUGUAGGUACUGUUAGUGUACUUACAUCAUACAAGGUUGAGUGUAGGUACUGUUACUUACAUCAUACAAGGUUGAGUGUAGGUACUGUUACUUACAUCAUACAAGGUUGAGUGUAAGUACUGUUACUUACAUCAUACAAGGUUGAGUGUAAGUACUGUUAGUGUACUUACAUCAUACAAGGUUGAGUGUAAGUACCGUUAGUGUACUUACAUCAUACGAGGUUGAGUGUAGGUACUGUUACUUACAUCAUACAAGGUUGAGUGUAGGUACUGUUACUUACAUCAUACAAGGUUGAGUGUAGGUACUGUUACUUACAUCAUACAAGGUUGAGUGUAGGUACUGUUACUUACAUCAUACAAGGUUGAGUGUAGGUACUGCUGUGUACUUGUAGUACAUCAUAUAAUGUAUAUUUACCAUCUUAUUAAAGCAUUUAAACAUUUACUAUACUACUCUUA